AUGAAGGGAAUAAAGUCUCUCAUUUGUGAGGCUAAAGAAGGUAGUCAAGAUACAGUCAUGCUGGGAGAUGCAAAGCCAACUGGUCAUGAAUACAAAGUUCGUAGUCAAGGUAUAGACAUACAAAUUCAACUGAUCAUGAAUGCAAAAUCAAAUUAUACAAACUACACUAGCAGAACACCUGCACUUACCAGACAAAGAGGAGGCAAUUCACCAGGUGAUAAACAUGCUUUUGAUGGCAGUUUAGAUUCGAAUUUAAUUACCUCUAAGAAGAUCAAACCUGAUAAAGAAAAUGUGAAUGUCAAGGAAGUUGUUAGUGAUGAUGUUAUACAAACGACUUAUCUGCAUAUCAACAAUUUAUAG